AUGAUGAGUACUUGCAAGGCUAGUGGUAUGUUUGAAAUGAGGUGGUCACCAUCAACCUUUUCCUGGUCUUGUUUGAAACCACCAGGAUUCGAUUUGAAAGAAGUAUCCGUCGUUAACCCUCUGGUUGAAGAAGCUGUUGUGCAGUUUACGUUGGAAAAUCCCAAUUAUUUGUUGGAUGUAGUAAGUAUUGAUUUUUUUACUCUGGCGAUCAAAUCCUGGGGUGUGGGUCGAUACUGAACUGACAGGGGGGUUCGGCCGUACCAUUUUGUGUGUAAAAUUCCAGAUAUGGUACUAUUUAGGGGGGCUGUUGAAAAAAACAAUUUUAUAAUUAACUUGGUACCAUUUAGGGUGUCAAUUGAUUACUAAUUGGAAUCUGGUUACCGGUUACCGAUUUUAGACUUUCAGUUACCGGUUACCGAUUUCAGAAUUUCAGUUACAGGUUACCGAUUUCCCGUUUGGUAAACAAACAACAUUUUUUCUAUGCAAAACAUUAUUGUAAAUGUGCUCGACUAGUACCUCGUCUAUUAACAACAAAUUAAGCGCUAGAAUGAGCAGACAAUCAAAACAUGUCGAAUUCUUCAUGACACAUCUGAAAUCGGUAAACGAUAACCAGAUGCCAAUAAGUCAGUCAACUUAUUUGUCAUGUAAAGCAGAGUACAAAAAUAUCAUUCUCGAUCGGCUUUUUAGUCAACCUACAGUGCCUUUUAUGGGUCAUUUUUAGGGCCACAGCCGAGCCCCCCGGCUGUCAGUUCAGUAUGGGAGCCGAACUCCCACCCCGCCCCACGGAGAACAAAUCUGCAGGUCUAUAGGCUGGUUAACCGCGGUCAAACGAGAGAAAUUUGCAAUAGUUAAGCAAAGUACUUAAAGGUUAAGGUGGUCGUUUUCACUGCUUAUUAAAGUUUAAUAUAUUGCCAACAUAUUUACCAAAAUUUACCAAACGUUUUGAAAGUUUACCAAAAAAGUUCUAAACAGUGAACCGCAGAAUCGUCGACGCCAUUUGUCAACAUAAUUUGGAUCAGGCGCAAAGAGUUUUGGUCAGUUUUCCACGGAAAAAAGCUCAUCAUUUGAGAAAAAUUAAAAGAUAAUAACGUGAACUAAUUUUUUUACUCAUCCUUGCUUACAUUAAAUAAAAUCCCACUGAAUAAAACGAAAACCGCGUUGGACGUUUGACCGCGGUGGACUAGGCUGGAUACAUCCCUGCGUUUGGUAAAUGAAAGAAAUAAUUGUGGCUUCAUUCACCAUUCAUUCAGCGUGUCAUGCCCCAAAGCAUAAAGUAUAAUGAGGCUCCAUCUCUUCAUCAGGUGGAUACCAUAAAAGGCCAAUCUGCAGGGAGACCUGGCAACUUAGUUGGCAAAUAUUGGGAGAAGCUGAUAUUUAGCAAUCUCAAGGAAUGUGUGAAAAAUGAGUAUUCCUUCAAGGAAGAGGCAUGUGGUUCCACUGCUGCUAGAUCCUACUUAAAUUUGUGUGGACAUCAAAGCAAAACAGAUAUGAGAAAAUCGAUAGAACAGAUAAUUAGAGAUAAAUAUAGUGCAAUGAUAGUCGAUUGUUCUAAUACCAACGCCUUUGACUUGGUCAUCUUUGAUAAAUGCAACAAAAUUCAUGCCAUUCAGGUAACCGUUCAAACCGCUGCGAAGAAAUGUAACGACAGUGACUUUUUCAAGACUAAAAAUAUUCACUUUACGUAUUUACUUGCG